AUGCUAACAAAGAAUUUAUUUGUCUUCAUCCUUUCUUUGGGGCUUAAAGGAUUAGGCAAAGGAGUUAUGAAACUACCCCGGGUCUUAUCACUUCUCCCCUCACUCCUUGAGAAAUCCAUACAAAUAAAUGAGUUGCUAUUGGAGGCAACAAAGGCUAAAGGUGUUCUUACCAUAUUUCACGGUCUAAGAGCACCUAGUUUAAGCAUUCGCCAGUACGUUGAUCGCAUCUUCAAGUACUCUGGCUGCAGCCCCUCUUGCUUUGUUGUUGCAAACAUCUAUUUGGACAGAUUUCUCAAGAACACAGAGAUUCACUUAACAUCUCUCAACGUUCACAGGCUGCUAAUCACCAGUGUAAUGCUGGCAGCAAAAUUUAUGGAUGGUGCAUUCUUUAACAAUGCAUACUAUGCUAAAGUGGGAGGAGUAAGCACAUCUGAAUUAAACAGAUUGGAAAUGUGGUUUUUGUUCACUAUUGAUUUCAGACUUCAAGUAAAUGUAGAGACAUUUGGGAAAUAUUGUUCCAAAAUAUAUUACAUAUUACAAUAA